AUGCUUUCCCGAUCCAGGAUUACUGACGAGGACCAUCCUUUAAGUCAAGGGAAGGCCAGCGUCUGGAAUACUUAUUUCCAGGAUAUUGAGACCAUAGAACAAAUAGACAAAGAUGUCAAGCGUACACAUCCAGAUAUACCGUUUUUCUCUGCUGAAUCAUCUUUUGCGCGCUCUAAUCAGGAAUCUAUGAAGAAUAUAUUGCUUGUGUUUGCCAAGUUAAAUCAAGGAAUCAGAUAUGUUCAAGGGAUGAACGAAAUUUUGGCACCCAUCUUCUAUGUAUUCCGUAACGACCCUGAUGAAGAUAGUUCAUCUCAUGCUGAAGCUGAUGCAUUCUUCUGCUUUGUUGAACUGUUAAGUGGAUUUCGUGACUUCUAUUGUCAACAACUUGACAAUAGUGUGGUUGGAAUCCGGUCCGCAAUAACAAGGCUUUCGCAACUUGUUAGGAAGCAUGAUGAGGAACUUUGGCGUCAUCUAGAGAUCACCACGAAAGUAAACCCACAGUUUUAUGCAUUUAGGUGGAUCACUCUCCUCCUUACACAAGAGUUUAGUUUCUUCGACUGUCUUCACAUAUGGGAUGCACUCUUAAGCGACCCUGAAGGUCCUCUGGAAAGCUUACUGGGGAUAUGUUGUGCGAUGCUGGUACUGGUGAGGAGGAGGUUGAUCGCUGGAGAUUUCACAUCGAAUAUGAAAUUGCUUCAACACUAUCCAACUACCAACAUCAGCCAUCUCUUGUAUGUAGCUAAUAAGCUCCGUUCCAAAAUGUUACUCUAA